GGCGUCCCUCCGGCUGGCCCUCCCCGAUUGGCCGGAGUUCGUCGUGCCCCUCUCCUUGUCACGCCUUUUGCCCCACCCCUUCGGACACAAGAUGGCGGCGCCCAGCGGAGUAGAGGCUGCGUUUGGGGUUUGCUGAGACUGACUCCCUCUCCCCCUUCCCCUUUGGGCGCAAAGCGCCGCGAACGGGAGGACAGGGGCCGGGCGGGGACAGGGGCAUCUGCGUAGCUGGACCUGCGCCCAGCCUGCGCCGCCCCCACCCGGCCCCGGCCCCGGCCCGGCCUGGCCCGAUCCCAUCCCAUCCGUUCCCGGUCUCCUCCGCUGACCCACUGCCCGGCCGUGGGACGCCACACUAGGCCUGCAAGGCUGGGGUGUCUCCUCCAGCCCGGCUCGCCUUCCCUUUAGAGAUGCGUGGUCUCUUCCCUCCCAGCCAGCCCGCCUUCGUAACCGGGCGUCUUGGCCCGGCCCCUGGCCCCUCUUCCCUAUACUGAGACUGCGCUUAGUGCAGCCCACAUCUUCGUCAGAUUCUGGGUGCCCCCUGGGUCAGAGCCGCUCACCUUCCUUCCAGAUCCCUGAGCCUCCAGCAAUAUUAACAGCCUUGGCAGCGCCGUGCACCGAGGAGACAGACUAACUUCCGGAGCCCUAUCAUGGAGGCCGUGUACCUGGUGGUGAAUGGUGUGGGCCUGGUACUGGACGUGCUGACCUUGGUGUUGGAUCUCAACUUCCUGCUGGUGUCCUCCCUCCUGGCUACCCUGGCCUGGCUCCUGGCCUUCAUCUACAACCUGCCGCACACGGUACUGACCAGCCUUCUGCACUUGGGCCGUGGAGUCCUGCUUUCGCUGCUGGCUGUGGUCGAAGCCUUGGUCCGGCUCACCGUUGGGGGCUUGCAGGCGUUGUGUACUCUGCUCUACAGCUGCUGUUCUGGCCUGGAGAGCCUGAAGCUCUUGGGACACCUGGCCUCGCACGGGGCACUGCGGAGCCGGGAGUUACUGCACCGGGGCGUGCUCAGCGUGCUCUCCAAUGGCCAUGCGCUGCUGCGCCAGGCCUGUGACAUCUGUGCCAUUGCUAUGAGCCUGGUGGCCUAUGUGAUCAACAGUCUGGUCAACAUUUGCCUCAUUGGCACUCAGAACCUCUUCUCCCUGGUGCUGGCCCUGUGGGACGCGGUGAUGGGCCCUCUGUGGAGGGUGACGGACGUGGUGGCCGCCUUCCUAGCCCACAUUUCCAGCAGUGCCGUGGCCAUGGCCAUCCUCCUGUGGACCCCCUGUCAACUAGCGCUGGAGCUGCUGGCCUCAUCUGCCCGCCUCCUGGCCAGUUUCGUGUUUGUCAAUCUCACUGGUCUGGCGGUGCUGGCCUGCGUGCUGGCAGUGACAGUGACCGUGUUGCACCCAGAUCUCACCCUCAGGCUGGCCACCCGGGCUCUCAGCCAGCUCCAGGCCCGCCCAUCCUACCACCGGCUCCGGGAGGACGUCGUGCGGGUGUCUCGCCUGGCCCUGGGCUUGGAGGCCUGGCGCCGAGUCUGGAGUCGCAGCCUGCAGCUGGCAAGCUGGCCAAACCGGGCAGGGGCCCCUGGAGCCCCCCAGGGGGGCCCUCGAAGGGUGUCAGCCCGGCCCCGGGCGCAGGAUCCUCCCCCUGAAGCAGGGUUCAGAUCAGAGGCCGAAGAGGAAGCCAGGAGCCUCCGAGCCGCACCUGCCUGGGGCCGGGAGAGGCUCAACGAGGAGGAGCCUGCAGCCGGCCAAGACCCUUGGAAGCUGCUGAAGGAGCAAGAGGAGCGGAAGAAGUGUGUCAUCUGCCAGGACCAAAGCAAGACGGUGCUGCUCCUGCCCUGCCGGCACCUGUGCCUGUGCCAGGCCUGCACCGAGAUACUGAUGCGCCACCCCGUCUAUCACCGCAACUGCCCGCUGUGCCGCCGGGGCAUCCUGCAGACCCUCAAUGUCUACCUCUGAACACCCCCGCCCUGCUGCCCACCCCUCCGUGCUCCACGCAGGUGCCUGCGCUGGGCCAGCAUUCGCACCCCUUCUCCAGAUCCUGGCCUGAAUCCCCGCCAAGCCAUACACCUUGGACAUCGAGAUGGGACUCUCUGGGUGGGGGAGGGCCCCGGAGCUGCUUCCCCGGUGGGUGCCCUGGAUGCCGAGGGUGGUGAGUGUGUCACUAUGCAAGGGCCCUGGGGCUGCUGAGCCCACAGCCCGUUCAGGGCCCAGCCUCUGGGGCUGCCCCUCUCCGCUUCUGGUGUUCCGUUGGGGUUGUGUAGGUCCUUUCCCUGUUUCCUUCCCACUCUGCCCCCAGCUUCUGCGGCCACAGCACAUCAGUGUCGUGUGGGUGUUUUGGCAACUCAGGGGUCUUGGAAUGGGCCUGAACCUGUGUGCAGCCAGAACCCCUGUGCCCGGGUAAGGCUUGAGGGGAGCACCUCUCAGGUGCCCCUAGGGCCACUUCUGCCUGCCGUGAUCUUGCAAGGCACCUUCCCAACCCGAUCUGAAAGCUGGGAUCAGUUAACCCCGGGGGGGUGGGUGCCUGUGUGUGCACCUGCACCUGGCUUUGGGACCACGCCAGCUUCACGGGGAGCCCCGGGAGGGCUGACCCGGUUUCUCCUCGUUCCCGUCUCCCCACGUCACGACGAAGGAUGGCAUUUCUCUUCUGUCUGAUCCUCCCCGGUGCUGGGGAAGGCAGACUGCACAUUUCACUAGGGUCCAAACACAGAGACAGCCGUCUUCAGAAGCAGCUCCCCGAGGGGUCCUGCCGGCCCAGUUUCCAAUAAAUAAAUUUCUGUUGACAGUU